AUGACUUCCCACAACUUUCGCGUCGCCAUCCUUCAAAACUUCAUACUCGAAGAUACUGGAGGCAAACCCAUGAUUGCAAGAAUCAGUCAUUUGAUUCGCCAGUCCAAACCAGAUGCCGAGAUUAAUGUCUAUGCUGCUAUCCAGGGUGAUACACUCCCUGACCUGGAUAAACAAGACCUCAUCAUCUUGACAGGAGGGCCAUUCAACCUGAUGAAAGAUGAGAAACCCAAAUGGGUCACCGAAACGCUGGAGUACCUAAGACUGGCCACUAUGAGCCGAUCAAAGCCUAAGAUUUUGGGAAUUUGCUGGGGUCAGCAGGCAAUUGCUUUAGCGCUCGGGGGCGCACUAGGCAAAUCUGACAGGGGUCACUGUGUUGGUGUUGAAGAUAUCACCUUGACGACUGAAGGAGCGACUUUCUUUAAUGCUACAUCGCUGAUCAUACACAAGAACCAUGAGAUAGUGGUGACCGACAGUGGACCACACCUGUUGCCUCUGGCUCACAAUAACGAAGUACUCAUGUCAAAGGAUGGUCAGGUUCUCACUCUCCAAGGACACCCAGAAAUGGACACUUCGCUCUCAUGGCUAUUCGUAGCCUCUGACAAUCCUGUCGUGUUGGGCGCAGGACUAGAGAGCAACUUGAGACCCAUUGACUCCCCUCACGAUGGUGAAAAGAUCUUUGUGAGAAUCAUUGAAUGGGCCUCUAACAAGAGCAACUAG